GAAAAUAUCCGUCAAACUACGUCAUCUAAGGGCACAGCACCAAAGCUGUCAAUCGCCUCACAGCACCCAACCCUCUCCCUGGCAAAACCCUACUCUCGCUCAUCUUCUCUCUCUCUCUCUCUCUCUCAGCAACAUGAUCGGCGGCGAGAUUGUUCAAUGGUUCAAUCUUCUUAUUUGAGAAUAUAGCAAGAUGAAUUUCGUGUCAUCACUUUGUAGAAGAUUGAAUCUCAAUGAGCUAGUUACAAAUGUUCCUAUCUACAGCACUGCUAGUGAUGUUACUGGAGGAGGAUUGAGUUUGACAUUCAGGCGCUGGGCUACUAAAAAGACAGCAGGAUCCACAAAGAAUGGGCGAGACUCAAAACCAAAGAAUCUUGGGGUGAAGAAGUUUGGUGGAGAGAGAGUGAUUCCUGGGAAUAUCAUUGUUCGCCAAAGAGGAACCCGCUUCCAUCCAGGAAACUAUGUCGGAAUGGGGAAGGAUCACACCCUCUAUGCUAUGAAGGAAGGUUGUGUCAAGUUUGAACGGCAUAAGUUGAGUGGACGAAAGUGGGUGCAUGUUGAGCCCAAGGAAGGCCAUCUGCUCCACCCUGCCUACUCAAGUGCUGAUGCGGCUCCUAAGCUGAAGACCAUUGCUUAAGUUUCUACAUUUUUGUGUUCAUUAAUGUUAAAUAUUUGAUGCUCUACUUUGGUGGCCUGAGCUUGUACAACUCAUGCCGAAUCUGAAUUUUUGCAGGCAAAUUGUGGUACUCAUCUAUUGGACUAAAAAAAUGGUUACCUUGGCAUGUCAUCGCCACGGGCCGAGAUUUGGAGAAUAAGGGUAAUUAGGUAACAUAACAAGGGCUGACUUUUUUAUUUCUAUUUUUAUUUUUAUAAUAAUUAUGUAAAAUCCAGAAAUGGAUAUACAGUAGCAACUUAAUUCCAUCAAUGAAAGACAUUGGUUUCAUAGACA